GAGGGGGGGGUCUCCAUGCAGAGCCCCAGAAGAGAAGCUGGCCGGUUGAAGGGGAGAAAGAGGUGCAGCAUAUUUGGGCGUGGGAGGAGGGUGAAGGACUUGCUUUUCCUCCCCCUUAAUCAACAAACUGGGCAGCUGGGAGGGGAGGGGAGGAAGGAUUUGGGGAGGGGGGUGAGAGGCAAGUAGGAUCCGUUUAGUGGGGGGGGGGAUCCAGGCAAUCCGGCUGCAAAAUAGAGCCCUCCUCCCCCAACAGGGUUUGCAUUACAAGAUCCUUCUUGAAGCAGAGAGAUCAAGCCAACAUCCCUAGGGGAUAGGAGGGGGCGAGGUGGGGGGCUGCCUGAGAUGAAUCCGCCCUCAUGCAACCUAACUGCAAAUAGGCUUGCAGCCCCAUCCUGUGCAAGCUUACUCAGAAGUCAGUCCUACUCCAUUCAAAGGGGUUGCAGCCCCAUUCCACCUAGUGAUGCUCUGCUGAACAGCCUGCAUCUCCCCUCUCACCACUGCCCCCUCCUGCCCGCCCACCCCUCCAUUGCUCCUUCCAGGCUCUGCCUCAGUGGGCUCCUGGUAGAACCGGCUGCCCAUGGCGGAGAUCGGGAGGGCAAGUGGGCGAGGGAGUCUGCUUUGGUGCAGGGGAAACAGCUGGAGAACAGAGACAAUCCUUUUGAUUCGGAGAGCGGGAGCAGAUCUUGAAGUAUGGGGGGGGUGAGAGAGAGGGACAAUGUUAAGGGAAAUCGGCCUCUGGAGCUUCCCUAGUAAGAAAGAGGCUGAUGUGAGAAGGAGGCAAAUGGAAACAAUAAUUUGCCUAUUGAGAAGGGGAAGCGAAUAGGCUGGCCUCAACCAGAGCCAGGGCUUUUUUGGCCGUGGCCCCGAUCUGGUGGAAGGCUCUGUCACAAGAGACUAGGGCCCUGCGGAACUUGAUAUAUUUCCGCAGGGCCUGCAAGACAGAGCUGUUCCACCAGGCCUUUGGAGAAGGCACAGUCUGACCCCCUCCUUCUGUAAUCCUCACAGAACUCUUGUCCAAUGGUUGCCAUGAAUUUGAUUUUGAUUUGAUUUUGAAUUGAUUUUUAAAUGAAUUGAUUUUAGAAUGUUGUGUUACUUUUAUUGUUGUUAGCCGCUAUGAGCCUGGCUUCGGCUGGGGAGGGCGGGAUAUAAAUAAAUUAUUAUUAUUAUUAUUAUUAUUAUUAUUAAUCUCCCACCCUUAAUAAAUCUGUCUUUCUCCAUUGCUCACAUCAAAGACCUGCUCCCUGCUUUGACGUGCAUCUUGGCAACAGGUGAGGGAGUCCCAGAAGUGGCAGCGCAAUGGCCUCCAAGACCCCCUCUUGGUCUCUUCUCAGAGGUGGAGAGGAAAGAGGAGCCAGGCAGCUUCCUCAGGUAGGGAAAGAGCAACGGGAGCAGGGAGGAGGGAAGAGGCACAGAUGGGACCACCCAGCCUCCCUCUGUGUUGAGUGGGGAUGAUGGGGAUCUAAGAGAAGCUCUGUUUUCUUCCUCUUCUUCUUCUUCCAGGCCCUCUUGACCUUUGAGGAGGUGGCUGUGUUUUUCACGGAGGAGGAGUGGGCUCUGCUGGAUCCUGGCCAAAGAGCUCUGCACAAGGAAGUCAUGGAGGAGAAUUAUGAGAUGGUGGCCUCUUUAGGUGAGGGCACAUUUUUAUUCCUCUUGGCUGUUAGACGUUGGAGGUGUGAAUCUCCUGUUUGAGCCAUUUAUUCAUGCCAUGUAGGAACAAGCAGUAGCCAUCGAUAGACCUCUCCUACUCAAUGCAUUUGUCUCAUAUUCUUUUCAAGCCACCCAAGUUUGUGGCCAUCACUGCCCCCUGUGGGAAAUUUCCCUAGUUUAACUAUGCACUGUGUGAGGAAGGACCUUCUUUCAUCUGUCCUCAACCUUCCAACAUUCUGUCAUGUGACAAAGACGCAUGAGGGCAGAAGCAGCAAAGCAGGCUGGGAAGUGCAAUCAUUUGGGCCUACUAAAGUUAUUCAGGCCUAACUGCUAACUGCUGAGUCACUCCGACAUGUGACUCAUUCUCCUCCUUAUAAGUAGCAGCCAUUUUCUCCCUGUGUUCUCUGUAAGAUUUCAGUCAGAGUCAAUCUGCCUCAGUUGUGAGCAGAGUCAAUAUGUAAUUUCAGUCAAACUGUUUGGAACCAUGUUGUUUAUGUAGAAGUUUAUUUUAACUCAGUAAAGCUCUUAUUCUUUCACUUAAAAACUCUGCAUUAUUAAUUUACGCUGCGCGUCACAUUCGGCAUAAAGGAGUCGCUCCAUCCCCAUUUUAAAUAAAAUUAUUAUUAUUAUUUUUAAAUGAUAUUUAUUGAGAAUUUUAAAGUUACAAAGAAAAAAGAAAGAAAAAACAAGAGAAAGAGAGAAAGAAAGAAAAAGGUAGAUAAAAGUAACAAUUAAACAAAAAAAUCAAUAAAAACCAAAGUCAAAAAGAAAAAAACAAAACACACAAUGCAUCAAAAUCAAAAAGCAAAAAUAAACAAAAAUUUAAAAACAAAUCCAAUAUUCCCAAAUUCUUAACUUUCAUUAACUUAUUUCAUCGACCUCCUCACACCUCCCUUUUUGUAUUCUAGCUGUUAAUUAUCUCAGCAAAUCCUUUCCAUCUUUCACAAUAUUCUGUCAUUAAAUUACCUUAAUCUAUUUUAACCUUAUCUUACCAUAAAAACCCUAAAACUUAAAACUUAAAUCUUAUUUAUACCAAAUUCUUUUAACAAUAACAUAUUCUUACUUAACAUUUCUGCUAAAGCCAAAUAAUUUCAUUCCAACAUUUUUCUAAUACUCAUUAAUUUUACGAUACUUUUCUAAAUAAAUUUUUAAAACUUUCUUCCAAUCUUCAUCCAUCGUCUCUUCUUCCUGGUCUCGGGUUUUGUCAGUCCUUUCUAUCCCAUCCAUCUAGUCCAUCAACCUGGUGACCUUAUAUCCGAGGCUCUUAAGUCUUUUCCAUGUCCCUUCCGCAGGUCUUCUUCAUGUUUAUACCUGUACUUUACUUUGUCUUCUGCUCCUUUCACUCGUGGAGACUCCAGCUUGACAAUAUUUUUCUCCUUUCUCGACAAGUCAGCCCCUUUUCCAUAGUCAACACUGAAAUCCAUGUGGUAUUUAAAGGCAUGUUUCAAAGUCCCUCCAAAGUUAAGGACCCCCACAACUCUGAACUCCCCCCGGCCCAAAGCCAGACUUGAAAGGUCAAAACUUCCCUGCAUAGGGGGAUCCAUCCAGCCCCCCAUCUCCAAGCCAAACAGAACUCCAUCUCUCCAAAUCUGACUUUUUCCAGGUUCAUUCGUCAAAUCCAACAACUCAUGUUCCUGCUGGGCCACAGCUCCCUCCAUCUCUGCCACCUGAGGUCCAGCAACAACCUCCUCCCUCAUCUGAUCUGUCAAAGCACAUUCCUGGAUUAAUUCCUGAGUGGGUUCUAUAUAGGUACCCAUUGCCUGUCCAAAAUUUCCGAUCGCAACAGUCAUCAAAUCCAUCUUCUCAUGUAACUGUUCCAAUAAAGCACUUGUCUUGCAAAAGGCAAGCACCAAAGCCUCUGAGCACAUUCUUGUUCAAGGUCGAAGUCUGGUCCCACGAUCUUUAAUCUCUACAGCUGCAAAGCUCCCCAGUUCGACUUUAAUAACAGUUUCACAAGCUCCCUCUAGGGGAAACAAUUUCUAUUUGUAUCCAUCUUUUUUUUUCUUUUCUUUUUUAUAUGAUAUUUAUUAAAAUUUCAGAAGAAAAAGAUCACAUUAAUAAGAAACUUAACAAUAAAAAGGAAAAAUACAAAAUACAAAAAAGAAAAAGCAGUUAAAAACAAUUCCAUCUUUUCAUCACUUCUUUUACAUUUACUUGUUUCCCGGACCUCCUCAUACCUCCCUCUUUUGUAUUCUAAUUCAAUUUGUUAGUCCAGCGAUUCCUUUCCCUCCUUUUUAAUCCUGAUCUUUAAUCUUGAUAUAUUAUAACAUUAAUUUUUUAGAUAUUAAAAACCAAUUUUUCCUUAUUCUUUUAUACCAUUACCGCAUGAAACCACUUAACUUCAAUCCGUCAUCAUUCUAACAUUCAUUAAUUUUACAAUAUUUCUGUAAGUAAUCUUUAAAUUUCUUCCAAUCUUCUUCCACCGACUCUUCUCCCUGGUCUCGGAUUCUGCCAGUCAUUUCCGCCAAUUCCAUAUAGUCCAUCAUUUUCAUCUGCCAUUCCUCCAGUGUGGGUAGAUCUUGUGUCUUCCAAUGUUUUGCAAUAAGUAUUCUUGCUGCUGUUGUAGCAUACAUAAAGAAAGUUCUAUCCUUCUUUAACACUGAUUGGCCGACAUCUUUUUUUUUUUUAAAGCAGAUCUAGCAACAAAGUUUUCCUUUUUCAGAUAUUUUGUCGAUAUUUUGUUCCUUUUAAAUGCGAAAGGGAACAAUGGAAUCAAUAUGUUUCUCUUCUUUUAACUAUCUGUCAAAAACGUUUGUCCAUAGUCAAUGAACUUCCCCAAAACGUCUGUCCUGACACCCCGCUCCCAGGUUCAAGACGGUGGAAAAUUACCUUUCUUUACUCUCUCUUCUGCAGGUUUAAACAGUCUAAAAAAGGUUUCCCCCUCUUCUCCUGCUUCCAAGGGGGGUUCAGUAAUUUUAAAUGAUGAAAAUUUAAUCCUUUACAAACGACUUUCUAAACUCUAGCUUGCCAUGUCUUUGCUUCAAUCUAUCUACAAAAGCGGAAAGCGGACUUCCUGUUUAGACCUUCCCGCUUUUGGUGCCUAAUUAAGAAAUUUCAUAGUCCAAUUUUCUGUUCUACUCACGGGCAGUUGUUUGAAAUCCAAUUGUCCACAGGAAAAGUCAGCACUCUCCGGCAACAGCAAUGCGGCUUCACUCCGUGAAAGAAGCAGUCGAUUCAAAGCACCGCGCCACUCACCCCACGUCGCUCCGGAUCCCCAAAACAGGGUUUCCCCGCGAGUAGGGGAGGCGCAAAGGGUGCCAGCCGAAUCCCACGUCCACAGGCUUCUCCCGCCUGUGGUUUUUGAUGGGUCUCUGCCUCGCCGUGGUGGUUCAGACCCUGUUUUCCACGGAGGGGAUUCCUCCCGAUCGGAGGAAAUCCGCCAUUGCCAGAAAGUCCCCCCCCCCAUUUUAAAUAAAAUUACAGUGGAAGGAAAAGAAAUAGAAAAUCUGAAAGAAAUCAGGGGAUGAUUUGUGAAUUUUUAUAGACAGCAAAUUUUUUCAGCAGGGGGCCAGUCCACUGCCCCUCAGACCUUGCGGGGGGCCGGACUAUACUUUGGGGGGAAAUGAACAAAUUCCUAUGUUCCACAAAUAACCCAGAGAUGCAUUUUAAAUAAAAGGACACAUUUUACUCAUGUAAAAACAUACUGAUUCCCGGACCGUCCGUGGGCCGGAUUUAGAAGGCGAUUGGGCUGGAUCCGGCCCCCAGGCCUUAGUUUGCCUACCCAUGGCUUAGAAUCAUAAGAGUUAGAAGGGAUCCCACAGGUCAUCUAGUCCAGGGACAGAUGUCAAAUUAACCAGCCUGUCACUUCCAUUCCCUUUUUCUAAAAAUAAAAUGAAAAAUUAUUCCAUUGGCUACUUUCCAAUCCUCAGAUAUGUCCAAGGGACAAAUUACAUACCGAAUAUAAGCCGCACUCGCAAAUAAGCCGCACGUUUAAAAUUCAUGGGGUGGGGAGGAAAAAAGACAAUACCCAAAUAUAAGCCGCUCCCUUAAAAUUCAGCAGGCACUCACACACGUUCCGUUUUACCGUAUGUCUGUUUCAGCUGCAUUAUCGCCAUUUUUUGUAAGAUUGCAAAUUUAAGCCGCACUUUAACUUUUCACUGUCGGAGUGGGGGGGGGAGUGCGGCUUAUAUUCGGGCCAAUAUAAGCUCCUGAAAAAGGCUAACUACAGUGGUACCUCUAGUCAUAGCUGUCAAGUGUCCCUUAUUUGAAGGGACAGUCCCUUAUUCCAGCGCCAUGUCCCGCUGCUGUCCCUUAUUAAUAGAUGUCCCUUGAAUGUCCCUUAAAUGAUGUCCCUUAAAUUUCAAAGGAAGCAGCUCCUCUCCCUCCCUCCGUGCCGGCCAGGGAGGAGGGAGGCUCCAACUGUGUUGCUUGGCUGUGUUGAACACCCAAUAAGAAGUCUAAGAAUGACUGGGGGGUGGAGCUUGCAUGUCUUGUGUGUGGCUAGUUAAUGCAAGCUGAGGGGUUUUUUGAAUGCUGGAUGCCAUUUUGUUGCACGUGCUGCUGCAAACUUUGCAGUGCAAAGCCAGGCCGGGGAGACAUCUUAAGUUGAGGCUGCAUAGGCCUUGAAUAGAUUCUAUUCAGUUGAACCUCUGGUUACAAAGUUGGUUGGACAGUGUUCUCGAAGCUACCAGCAUGAGUUUGACCAGACUGCAGGAGGACAGGAAGACUGGAGUGCCUGGAACAGGUGAGGCUGCAGGUCCCUUAUUUUGGCUGCUGGUCCCUUAUUUUCAAGGCUGCUGGUCCCUUAUUUUCAAAUCUGUAAGUUGACAGCUAUGCCUCUAGUUAUGAACUUAAUUCGUUCCAGAGGUCCGUUCUUAACCUGAAACUGUUCUUAACUAGAGGCGUGCUUUCGCUAAUGGGGCCUCUUGCUGCCGCUGCACCGCCAGCACAUGAUUUCCGUUCUUAUCCUGGGGCAAAUUUCUCAACUUGAGGUAACUCUUCCAGGUUAGUGGAGUUUGUAACCUGAAGCAUUUGUAACCUGAGGGGUUUGUAACUCGCGGUACCACUGUAGUUUAUUAUUGUUAUUUUUUUCAACACACUUUUAAGAGUACAGUCAUACCUUGGGUUACAGACGCUUCAGGUUGUGCGUUUUCGGGUGACGGACGCGCCAAAACCAGGAAGUACCGGAAAGGGUUACUUCUGGGUUUUGGCACUCACGCAUGCGCUAAAUCACACUUUGCGCAUGCGCAGAAGCGCCAAAUCGCAACCCGUGUGUGCGCAGAUGGGUUGUGAACACUGUGGGUUGUGAACGUGCCUCCCGCAUGGAUCACGUUCGCAACCCGAGAGUCCACUGUACCUGUUUCCCUGGAGUUUCUUACUUUAGUUUAGCAUGGGUCAGUGACAAAUUUUCAAGUGAAGUAUCUGGUCCGGAUAUGUGAUCCCUUUUCAUUGGAUCAUUGAAAUGUAGAGUUGGAAGGGACCCCAAAGGUCAUCUAACCCAACCCCCUGCAAUGCAAGAAUCUCAACUCAAGCAUCCAUGACAGAUGGCCACUCAACCUCUGCUUAAGAACAUGCAAGGAAAUAGAGUCCAUAACCUCCAGAGAGAGACUGUUCCAUUGUCGAACAGCUCUUACCAUCAGAAAGCUCUUCCUGAUGUUUAGUCGGAAUGAUAUUAUUAUUAUUUUGUAUCUUGGAUUUGAGGUCAUAGGUAUACGCAUUGAUUUGAAAUGGCUUUAUAUUUUGUGGCCCAAAGUAACUAAUAUUGUCUCUUUCCCUGAAAGAAUCAGACCUCAACUCCUGUUGGGAAGAAAGACAAGAUCCAUUUCUCCAGAAUCCCAAAGAAGGGGAGAUAUCAGCAGGUAGGUGCUUAGUUGAGACUGUAGGAUAUUCAGAAGCUAACUUCAGAUGUAGCUGAGGAGGGAGAGAAGUAGGGAGACAUGCUUGAAAAUGGUAAAAUCAGAGAAGCUGAGAACUGGGCCUGACCUACAAUGAGAGUCUCUGCUUUACCUUGCAAUUUGAAUGGCAUUUUCUUUUCUGCCUCAAAACAGGUAAUGGGCAGAAGAGUGAGAAAUAUGAUGAGCCAUUCAUGGUGUCUGUAGAAAACAUGGAGCAUGAAGCACAGAAAGAGACCUUUGUAAAUCAACAAUCAACCAAAAAGUAUGUAGGAAAUACGUGGGAGAACUGGAAAAAUAACUCCCUUACUACUCAGGAUAUUGGUGUCCAUGUAUCCCUGAAUCCACAGGAAGAAUGCUCAGGAAGUAGCAGUGUAGAGUGUGGAAAGAGCUUCAGUCAGAGUGGAAGCGUUAGUUUACAUCAAGGAACCCAAACAGGGGAGAAAAUGUUUAAAUGCACGGAGUGUGGAAAGAGCUUAAGCAGUGCUGGUAACCUUGUCAAGCAUAAAAAAACCCACACAGGGGAGAAACCGUUCAAAUGCAUGGAGUGUGGAAAGAGUUUCAGCCAGAGCGGAAACCUUAUUGCACAUCAAAGAACCCACACAGGGGAGAAACCAUUUAAAUGUAUGGUGUGUGGAAAGUGUUUCAGUCUUAAUCACCAUCUUACAUUACAUCAAAGAACCCAUACUGGGGAGAAACCACAUACAUCCACGGAGUGUGGAAAGAGCUUCUGUUCGAGUAGUGUCCUUAUUGUGCAUCAAAGAACCCACACCGGGGAAAAUCGAUCUAAACCUAUGUUGUGUGAAAAGAGUUUCAGUCUCAAUCACCAUCUUACUUUACAUCAGAGAUCCCACACUGGGGAGAAACUGCAUAAAUGCAGGGAGUGUGGAAAGAGCUUCAGUCAUAGGAGUAACCUUAGUUUACAUGAAAGAACCCACACUGGGGAGAAACCAUUUGAAUGUAUGGUAUGUGGAAAGAGCUUCAGCCAGAGUGGAAACCUUACUGCCCAUCAAAGAACCCACACAGCAGAGAAACCAUUUCAAUGUAUGGUGUGUGGGAAGAGUUUCACUUUUAGUCACUCUCUUACUUUACAUCAAAGAACCCACACUGGGGAGAAACCGUUUGAAUGCAUGGAGUGUGGAAAGAGCUUUAAUUGUAGGAGUGCACUUACUGUACAUCAAAGAACACACACUGGGGAGAAACCGUAUGAAUGCAUGGAGUGUGGAAAGACCUUUCGUCGUAGGAGUAACCUUACUUUCCAUCAAAGAGCCCACACCGGGGAGAAACCAUUCAAAUGUAUGGAGUGUGGAAAGAGCUUCAGACAUAGCGGAAGCCUUACUGCACAUCAAAGGACCCACACUGGGGAGAAACCAUUUCAAUGUAUGGAGUGUGGAAAGAGUUUUAGUCUCAAUUAUUAUCUUACUUUACAUCAAAGAACCCACACUGGGGAGAAACCAUUUUUAUGCAUGAAGUGUGGAAAGAGCUUCACUUGUAGGAGUGCGCUUACUGUACAUCAGAGAACCCACACUGGGGAGAAACCGUUUGAAUGCAUGGAGUGUGGAAAGGGCUUCACUUGUAGGAGUGGACUGACUGUGCAUCAAAGAGCCCACACAGGGGAAAAACCAUUUCAAUGCCUCGAGUGUGGAAAGAGCUUCCGUCGUCGGAAUAACCUUACUUUACAUCAAAGAACCCAUACAGGGGAGAAACCAUUUAAAUGUAUGGAGUGUGGAAAGAGCUUCAGCCAGAGUGGAAACCUUGCAACACAUCAAAGAACCCACAUAGCAGAGAAUGGAGCAUGAGAAGAGCUGCAAUGUACUAUGAUGUAAGGUUUUCUUCCUGCUUGGUGAGAAAAAACCGUCAACAGUGAAGCCUAAUGGAACCGAACUGCCAAAAGUACAAUGUAUGGCAGCGCAGCUAUGUUUCAUCUUAGAGUUAUGCAAAGUAAUCAAUACACAUUCAUAGCCGCCAUAAUUGAUUAUAAGGGGGAAAGAAGAAAUUCCUAGCACUGCUAUGUUAAGUGCCUGAGGCAGUAUCCUCACUCUGCCUAAUGUUUGGGCUGGCCCUGUUUGAAAUUUGGAAUGGGGCACAGAUUUGGUGUAAAUCCAAGUGGUGGAAAAGGAGAUAAGACAAAGCGUAGCUCCUUGGUCAGAGGUGUGGCUAAAGACACUGUUCUACUGCCAUCACCCUUUCCUUUAAGGAAAAUGGUCACGUAUCUCCGGUAUCACAAGGCGACUACAAGCAACGAUCGAUUGACUUGCAUUUGAUAUGAGCAUCGUGCAUCGUGACAAGCCGGAAGGGGGCAGAUUGGGGAGGGGGCAGGCUUAUGAGUGCUUCACCAUCAUACGCCAAUUGCGGGUGGCUUGUAUUUGGGGUCUUCUGGUGGCUUAGGAUGUCUACUUGGGAAAUGUGAUAUAUUUGACUUUGACUCUACAUGUUGAAAAAGAGCCACAGGCCACUCCCUCCAAAGAGAAGGGGGGGCAGGACCUUAAAACCUGAGCUGCCCUAGCAGCUUUAAUCCCACCCCUUUUCAUGACGGGGUCCACAGUGCAUCUUCCAUACCAGCGAGAGACUGGCCAUUUGCUGUGUUAUGCAUUAGUACACUAGAAAUACUAUACUGCUUGUGAAUAGGCUAUGCUUAGUCCAGAUAAAGAGCUACAGCAGUCUGCUUUGUUUUGUAAUCUUUAACCUGGGGUGGUGGUGUUUUUUUGUUUUGUUUUUUCGCUUUUGGGCCUCCUACCUUUUAUUCUAAAUAAAGUUUCACAAUCUGACCAGCUCUUCAGAC